CUCGUCAAGGCCAUUCCGGCAUAUGCAGGCGGAUAAGACAGCAAUCAGAACGAUCCAGGGAUGACUCUCGGUAGAGAUAAAGGUCGGGGUCGAUGCGGUCUGCGGGUUUCUCAUCCCCUGCAUCCAGUCUGUCCCCUCCCAUACAGCAGCGCACUGUCUGCGGAUGCCACUCCCAAGGGAUGUCACGGUCGAUGAGGAGACAGCGCUGCUCUCUGGCUCGAAGAGAGCGGGAAAGCCUAAGGCGCGCCCGGUGACGCCGCUCCCUCGACUACAGAUCGGUAUCCUCCUCCUCCUGCAGCUGGCAGAGCCCAUCACAUCGCAAUGUAUCUACCCGUUCAUCAACCAGUUUAUCAGUGAGUUGGACAUUACCGGUGGCGAUGAAAGGAAAGUCGGGUACUACGCCGGGAUAAUUGAAUCAGUGUUCUUCUUGACUGAAGCCAUGUUCGUCCUUCACUGGGCACGCAUCUCGGAUUACAUUGGACGGAAGCCCGUGCUGCUCACGGGUACAGCGGGUCUCUGUAUCUCUAUGAUGUUCUUUGGCCUUUCCAGGACGUUUUGGCAGCUUGUUGCAAGCCGUUGCAUAGUCGGCGCAUUGAAUGGCAAUAUCGGAGUUGUCAAGAGCAUGAUAGGAGAAUUAACCGAUUCUACCAACAUGGCACAAGGUUUCGCUCUGAUACCAAUAGUCUGGUCUGUGGGUACGACUAUUGGUCCAUUCAUCGGCGGGCAACUAGCCAAGCCGCAUGAUAGGUGGCCACACAUCUUUACCGACCGUUUCUGGACGCGCUUCCCAUACUUUCUGCCAUGUGCCGUUUCCGCUGCAUUCUCUGCAUGCAUGUUUGCACUUGCUGCCGCGUUUCUCAAAGAGACAGUCCAAAAGAAGCACUCCAGCCAGAAAAAGAAAGUUCGAAUCGUCGUGCGGGCUGAUGAUGACCAGUUUCGCGAGGAGACCCUCGAGAAUCCCGCAACACUCCGUUCGCUGAUGAUCUGGCCCGUCUUGCUCUCCGUUGCGAACUACGGCGCCCUCGCCUUCCUCGACAUCGCAUACCGCGCCAUCCAACCGCUCUUCUACUCCAUGCCAAUCGAGCUCGGCGGCCUCGGGCUGAACCCCGCGACGAUCGGCGCCGUGCUGGGCUCUUUCGGGCUGAUGAAUGGCAUCUUCCAAGCGUCGUUCUUCGCGCGCAUCGUGCGCCGCUAUGGCCCGAAGCGCGUGUUUAUGAUGGGCAUGGCGAUAUUUGUGCCGCUAUUCAUGCUCUUCCCUAUCAUCAACGCGAUGGCGCGGAAGGCCGGAAUGACGCGGGCGGUGUGGUUUAUGGUGAUGUUCCAGCUCGCGGUGUCCGUCAUCAUGGACAUGUCCUAUGGCUGUAUCUUUAUGUACGUGACGUCUUCGGCGCCCAAUAAGCGAUCGCUCGGAGCUACGAAUGGUAUCGCCCAACUGGUCGCGUCCAUUCUGCGUGCGAUUGGCCCUGCGUCAGCCACUUCGCUCUAUGCUCUUUCUCUGGAGGAAAACUGGCUAGGUGGCUACGGCGUUUACGCCAUCCUCGUUGCUGUCUCUUGCCUGCUCAUCUUCGUGGCGACUCCUCUGCCUCGCGAAGCUUGGGAAAAAGAGGAAAAAUGAUGGGUAGCAGCAUGGUACCGGUGGAGCGCUAUCCAUCAUUGAAUUGAAAAUCCCUGUUCUCGAAAAGGGACACUGCUCGAUCUCCUUCGAUUUAUGGAAUUGU